AUGGUAUAUAAUACUCAUACUUUUUAUUACACUAGCAGAAACAAUUCGAAUUUUAUUGUAAAGUGUUCAAAGUUUGAGACUGAGGAAGUUUGAGAAGAGGAAUACCUUGAUACUUCCGAAAAAGAAAAGGAAAAAUUGUUUCGGUUUACCGCACAAAUUUCGACACGAAACAUCAAGGGACAUAAUAAAGGACCCUGUACCAAAACUCAAAUUAACGCCGAUUCGGUUGAUGAAGUACUGGAGCUGGGGUGGAACUCUGGACCCUGAGGUUUAUGAAAAAAAGUUGUCUUUGACGCAAAGGUAGGAGGAGGAGCAGAUCAGUUUACCGCAGGAUCUGAAAAUACAUUCCCAGUCAUCGAGGAUGAAGAUUAGAAGCUUACAUUUCAGGACAAACUUUCAAGAAGAAUUUAUAGACCGUAACAAUUUAAAGCAAAACCAGAUAAGAUGCAUAAGUUUAUGGACAAGAAGAUAAACUUGUUUGUUCAUGUAUCGGUAACUUCAGCAAGCAUGUACGACACCAUACGAAUCCAACUUUCGAAUCCAGAAGAAAGGGACAGGCCUGGCGUGGCAUUGAACCAAGCAGUGUCUUCACUGGUUGUAGAGCUGAAAAACUUGUACAAGAGCUGAUAUGUUUCUCAUGAUGUAAACUGGGCAGUAUGAGCUUCUUAUUUAUUCACCAAAAAUGCAUUGGAACGGGAUGAUUUGAAGCAUCUAGGCCAUUGCCAUUUUCCAAUGUAUCUUUUCAAAACCGUCCAAAGAUUUCUGACGAGUACACGAAACUAUUCUAUUAGAAUCGCUCAAAAUGUGAAUGCUGGAUUUAAAGAGGAAUUAGAUGCGUUGGAUUCGGAAUCGAAUCAAAUUUCUGCUCUCAUAAAUGCAAUGAAUAUUCGCCUAACUGCACUACUUACGAUGCAAGCCACAAACGACGUGUCUGGAACCAUGAAAGCAUGA